GGCUUGGUGGUAAAUUACAUUUAUGUGCUGUCUUGUCUGAACAUUCUUUCGAACACUCACAAAACCUUAAUUAAUUAUUACCAGCACCUGAACCACUUGCACGACUUGGCCACAUGGAUCCUUACUGCAUUAGAUGCUGGCUUUUGGACAGCAUUGACUAUUCGCCCAAAAUUUCUCAGAGAUAUUAUGUCUCUCGUAUUUUCUUUAUACUAUUUGAUAUUUGCAGAUCAAGCAGAUGAAAAGGCCCGUCGUGUGUGUGCCACAAUCACUGUAGAGCAACUACGUGUUUCUUGGGAAAAAACCCAAAUCAAUCCUUAUUUGCGGGCAAUUAUUGGAUUGACACUUCCACGUUUAAAAAUACGCAAAAAAAUAUCAAUCCCACGUCCUCAAAACAAUCCACAUGGGACAAAGCCUGUUGUCGGAUAUUUAUAUUAUGCGGGCCCCAAAGAAAACCUCGAAUCUUGCGAUAAACUUAUUCUUAGUUUUCCUGGAGGUGGAUUUGUUUCUAUGCCCCCUCCAUGUCAUGUGGAAUGUUUAACUCGUUGGGCAGCAAUAACUCAAUUGCCGAUUUUAAGUGUCGAUUAUGGAAAGGCCCCUGAAUAUCCCUAUCCAUAUGCUAUGGAGGAAUGCUUUGAUGUUUACCAAAGCCUCGUGGAAAGUAAUGGUAAGGUGAUUGGAAUGCGUGGUUGGAAAGAUGAAGACGGUAAUAAAAGAGAACAAAUUAAAAUAGCCUUGGUGG